CCGCAUUCAUUCUUACCAUGUCAGUCUCAUCCGAAUCAUCACCGGCAACUCCGUUGCCGCUUGUCCCAGAUUUCGACUCGACACCCUUUGGGCAAAGAAAGAGAGACGCGCGAGACAUCGUUUCCUCCUUCGACCGGAAUGACCUCCCCUCAGAAUUCUGUCCGGAUACUUACAAACGCAUCACCGUGGGCCAAGCCAAGAGACCCAGUUCGGAAUGGACAAUCACCGGAGAUCUGCCACGGACGAUAAUGACGUGGAUGGUUCACGACCCCAACGGCUGGGCCCUCCUCAACAAGUGUCUUCCGAUGAAACUGCGAACCAAGUUGUUCGUCGAGAAACUCCAGAGACGGUUCCAACACGAGUUCGACCGCUACGACGAGGUGCUUGAUGCAACCCAACACCUUUUGGCGGCACCGGCCUGGUCCCCCGAGGACAUCCGAUCCACCGUCAUCCAGAUCGCGGCAAACAUCAACUCGCUGGCGGCCGCGGCCCGGCUCGACCUCGACGAACGUCCUGACGGCCCGGGUGGUACCGCCCACGUCCUCCUCGAGGCCCUGAAAGGGGUUUGUCUUAGGUCCAAGACAAUACCCGCUGCGCCGACCCAGCAAGGUGGCGCUCGGACAGAAAGUGAAAUCAGCCUGUACGACAUCAUGAUACGUCGGCCUCUGGAGGGGCACUCAACCGUGAUUUUAGAGGCACUAGAAAAAGUAUCGAAAACGUCGCCAGGGUCAUUGAACAACAUGGGGGCCCAAUUCCGACUCGUCGGCGACCUUAUGCCCACCGCCGACGCCGCUUCCACUUUCUGGUUGCGAUUUCGGGGAUUAUCUGCCCAAGCUGGUGCAGUUUUCUGACCGGCAAAGUUGGGCACGCCGCGCGCCAAAGGCACGGAUCCCAUACACUAGCGAAGAAGUUCUAGUACGAGAGCGUCUCACAACCGGGAAGAACUAAGCCCUGAAACAAGACACUUGCCGCACAAUAUUCGAGCGGAUACUGUUCAAGCUGAGGCAAAUCUUGGGGCCACGACCCAAGUCACGAUUUCUUCUCAUUUGAGUGCGGGUCGAUUCCCGCGCCGGGUAAAAUCUUCAUGGGCAGCGGCGACAACAAGGUG